GGGAUAAAGUUCCCCAAAAAGUUAGGAAAAAACCUCCUGCUAGAGCAGACCAAUGCCAGACCUACUUUAGAGCGUAACGUACGCGUCCCGCGCGCCUCACCUAACGACGCAGACUUCUCUCGGUCGGACCUCCAACACCACCACCUCCAUCUCACCGCCUUCACUCGGAUAUACUUCACACACCACGGCUACGAAGGUGGACGGCGCGUUCUCCUCCCUGUCCCUGCGUUUCUUCAAGAGGGAAAUGGAAGAGGGCUCGAGUCCCCCGAUGUCCCCUGUGGAUAGUCUCGCGAGCAGCGAGGAGGAGCUGGACGACAGACAGCAGCAGAAACGAUUCGCGGGCAAGAGGAGACACGGCUCGAAGAAGUCUAUCGAGGACGGCAGCCCCGGGGCCGUGAAACGCGGCAAGAAGACGAGCCCGAGCAGCACGCAGUCGUACGAGGAGCUGCAGAACCAGCGCGUGCUCGCCAACGUGCGGGAGAGGCAGCGCACGCAGUCGCUGAACGAAGCCUUCGCGUCGUUACGCAAAAUCAUCCCUACGCUGCCGUCGGACAAACUGAGCAAAAUCCAGACGCUGAAGCUGGCCUCGCGAUACAUUGACUUUCUCUACCAGGUGCUGCAGAGCGACGAGAUGGACAAUAAGAUGUCCAGCUGUAGUUAUGUUGCGCACGAGAGGCUCAGUUAUGCGUUCUCGGUGUGGAGGAUGGAGGGCGCGUGGUCUAUGUCCGCGAGCCACUAGCAGACCCCCCCAACCCCCCUCCACCCCCCUCCCCCUCCGCGCGCGCGGGCUCGUUACUAUGCCACAGCGACUGUUUACUUCCACAAAGAUUGAAGACCAAUGGAAUUAUUGAAGAACCCAGGAACCUCAAGGCGCAGAGGGACGUAGUGUGACACACACAUGCAGACUAUAGAUCCCUUUGGACGCAACUGACACUUUGGACUGCCUGGAAAACGGGGGGUAGUCCCGGGACAGACUCACAUGGGCAGGCCGGAGCUGUCCCUCAUGUCUGACGCAAUCUGCCAAGCCAUCCACAAGUAUUUGGUUCGUGUUCAAAGACACGGAGGUAUCAUGAUAGAGAAUAUAUCGAUAUAUAUAUAUAUAUAUAUAUAUAUAUAUAUAUAUAUAUAUAUAUAUAUAUAUAUAUAUAUAUAUAUAUAUAUAUAUAUAUAUAUAUAUAUGAAUAAGAUGGGUGCAUGUUUUGUGGUAAGCCUAUUCGUUUAUAAAGGGACAAAUGCAAUUUAGAAUCGUUAAGUUCUUGAAAUACGCUGCAUGGAUUUUUUCAUCGACCUUCUUUGGCAAGUCUCAAAGUUCCGUCCAAUGUACAUUUUGUUUUGCUUAUUUAUUAAAAACAUAUUUUUGAACGAGA